AAACUACACGAAUCCAACUCAAAGCUGAGUGCGGACGAAAAAGUGAGCGGGGGCGCAGAGGAGAGAGAACAACACCAAGAGGAGAUGAGUGCUCACGACAGGCGGUGUUUUUAACCCAGGACUGCGGAUGGUGAACCCACAACCUGAAUAUGAAUCUUCUUAUCCGCACUGGAAGUGCUCAUGAGUUGGACUGAUAUUUAGCAGAGGCUCCUACGUUGCAUCCCUAUCCGUUUCCUCCUCCUCACACUGACGUCCAUCCGCUGCAAAAGCAAAGCAAGAAAAAAAAACUUUGAUAGACUUUUUUUUUUUUUUCUCCCCCUUUCUCCUGCACGGGAAGCAUUUGCCUCUGGGCUUUACCGGUAAGCAUUGGAUCCGUCAACUUACUGCGACUCUCCGGUGUACAGCCCGGACCUCUGCCCCAACAUGAUUGCGACGCAGGCAAAGCUGGUUUACCAGCUGAACAAAUACUACAGCGAGAGAUGUCAAGCGCGCAAAGCGGCCAUUGCAAAGACUAUAAGGGAGGUUUGUAAAGUGGUGUCGGAUGUCCUGAAGGAGGUGGAAGUGCAGGAGCCCAGGUUCAUCAGCUCCCUCAGUGAGAUAGAUGCGCGCUACGAGGGGAUGGAGGUCAUCUCCCCCAACGAGUUCGAGGUGGUGCUUUAUCUCAACCAGAUGGGGGUGUUCAACUUCGUGGAUGACGGCUCUCUGCCCGGAUGCGCGGUGCUGAAGCUGAGCGACGGCCGCAAGAGGAGCAUGUCUCUGUGGGUGGAGUUCAUCACCGCCUCGGGCUACCUCUCGGCCAGGAAGAUCCGCUCCAGGUUUCAGACUCUGGUGGCGCAGGCCGUGGACAAAUGCAGCUACCGAGACGUGGUGAAGAUGGUGGCCGACACCAGCGAGGUGAGGCUGCGGAUCAGGGAGAGGUACGUGGUGCAGAUCACCCCCGCCUUCAAGUGCACCGGGAUCUGGCCUCGCAGCGCGGCUCAGUGGCCCAUGCCGCACAUCCCCUGGCCCGGGCCCAACCGGGUGGCAGAAGUGAAGGCGGAAGGCUUCAACCUCCUCUCCAAAGAGUGCUACUCCUUAACGGGGAAGCAGAGCUCGGCGGAGAGCGACGCCUGGGUGCUGCAGUUCAGCGAGGCCGAGAACCGGCUGCUCAUGGCCGGCUGCAGGAAGAAGUGUCUGUCCAUCCUGAAGACUCUGCGGGACCGACACCUGGAGCUGCCGGGCCAGCCGCUGCACAACUACCACAUGAAAACCCUGCUGCUGUACGAGUGCGAGAAGCACCCGAGGGAGACGGACUGGGACGAGUCUUGCCUCGGGGACCGGCUCAACGGGAUCCUGCUGCAGCUCAUCUCCUGCCUGCAGUGCCGCAGAUGUCCCCACUACUUCUUGCCAAACUUGGACUUGUUUCAGGGAAAGCCUCACUCGGCCCUGGAGGCUGCUGCUAAGCAGACUUGGAGACUGGCGAGGGAAAUCCUCACCAACGCCAAAAGUUUGGACAAAUUAUAGACUGCAUGGCUGGAAGAGACGCAUUUUUUUUGGGGGGGGGAUACAAAGUUAUUAUUAAAAAAAAAAAAAAAAAGAAAAAAAAAAGAUAGAAAUGUGAAUAUCGGUAACAACAUAACGCAGCAAGAAACCACGAAGCAAACCUGUUAAAAACGGAGCAAUUGGCCCAUUGCACAGAGAAAGUGAAGGUACAUUUUCUGAUAAAUGUAAUACAUUUUUUUUUAGUUGUCUUCUUUUAAUGUUUUCACAAAGUGAAGAAACUUUUAUUUAAAUAUAUGCACAAAAUCGUUAAGUGAAAGAAUAAACUGUAGCGUGCCAAGGUCAUUUUUUUCCAUGAUGUGAGUUAAGAAGAAAUGUUAAUAAAAAGGUUGCAAAUUAAA